UACAUUUAUAAGAUUUCUCGUGCGUUUGAAAAAAAGAAUAUUUCGUAUAUCUUUCGGAUGAAUUCGAAACGUCCCUGCUAUUCGUAGAAUAAUAUUCUCGUGCAUUCGGUUGAGAGAAAUCUCAAAUACGCGAGAAAGAUUUACUGUAAGGGUGAGAAACGCGGAAGAUUUUAUAAAUGUUUCGGUCAGAUUCUUCUCACCCAUGGGAAUGAUAGAUAAUAACUUCAACUGGGCGUGUUGUAUCUUAAAAUACACAUUUUUAGAAUUUCUCUUUAGAAAGAAGUCCAUUUGAAAUUACCCACGUUGAUAUCUUUCGCGUUGAAGUAUUGUUUACUGUAACCGAGAACCAGCCAUUUUGUAUUAAGAACAUUAAUGAAAGGUUUGCGUGUCCAUUUUCGUCAGAGUUUAAACUUUAAAUUGCCGUAGGAUAGGUAGUAAUUUGCGGUACUCUUGUGUCAUCAAACGAUGCCAGACUUUCUAUGAUACGCAAUGGUACUUAGACUUUCUAAUUCCUAAUGACCUGUGGAAUAUUAUUCAUUUAAAUUAACGAAAUGUUUAUGGCGGAGGUUGAAUGAACAUUUGCAAGUACAAAAUACAGUUCGAAUGCAACGUUAGGAAUGUACGGUUAGGAGCGUGUUUCUUCCUGAAAAUCAUCCUUAAAGAGCCGCGCAAGUUAGGAGGUACCUACACCAAGCAUCGAAUGAAGAACUUUCUAAGUGUUUCUUGAAUUCUGCAUACUUUCGCUAAACCUUGCAUGCAGCAUGCGAGUGUAGUUUAUAGGAGUGUUGCACGAAUACAUAAUUGGAAGAAAACGAUCCCUGAAGUUCCGUUGAAACAUACCCAAGACUCGCGUGAGUUAACAAUACCUUUCAUUUAAAAUCAUUCGGAACAUAUGUUAACAGGUUGCAUGUUGAGGGGUCACCGACAGCCAACAGAACAGAUUUAAUAUAUAAUUCAAUACAUUCUACGAUUAUUCGCUUGAAAAGAUGAUUCAACGUUCAACCCUUUUAUUUCCAAUGAUAAAUUUUCGCGCAAGGGAGGAAUAAAGAGAAGGAAACGUUUAACUUGUUCGGUGGUCCACUCAUCUAACAUUAUCACUCGUCUGGUGCUUCACGAAACUAUUUCCACCGAGGCUCACUACUUUCACAGAGAACUUGAAAACAGCGAGCUGUAAAAAUAGUCGGGCACACAGGAAACAGUUGGUACGCGUCGGUGAAAUGUUUUCCGUGUUCCUUGGUUAACGCGCUCUACACGAAAACGCUGAAUUAAGCGUGCUUUGUAUUACGAACAAUUCUUUUAACGCGUUCAUUCAUAGAACAAUGAGGAUGAGUGAAUUCUGACUGAAAAUUCUUUUUAAAGCAUAAAAUCCGGUAAGUUCAGAAUAGUUUUCAUACAAAGUGUUCGCAAACGAUAUUUGAAAAUUAUCGUUCGAUUCUGAAAGCUUCAGGAUUCGAACAGAAAGCAAACGAUUUUUGAAGUUUGACAUUCGAUUCGAGGAGUUUCAAAGGUGGACACGCAAAGCAACGUUAUAGAAUCAUAAGAACUUUUGUAUUCAGCCGAUAGGUUGAUGUGGUUAGUUGAAUCGCAAUCAACUGGAUGUAAACAUCGGUCUACUUCAUGGAAUUAGGCGAACGUCGAAAGCAUACCGUAACAGAGUGAUCAACUAAGUUUAUAAUCUCAAACUUCUGGCUGUGUUCGAAUCAACCAUAAACAAUUAGAGAGUGUAUCAAAUAUAUAAAUUUUUUAACAAUUUAUUUAUCGACAUAAAUUAACUCAUUGAGUAUUUGCAAAUUAUUUAUCCGUAAAACUUAUCCAUAAAUCAGUAUCAGUAAACUUAUACAUAAUUCAGCAACGAACGCUUAAAAGCAUCUUGCAGGAAGCGUACGAAAUAAUCCCCAUUGUUCUGACCCUUGAUAUCGGUGAAUAUUUUACAAGUUUCGAAAGCAUCUACAAUCGGUGAUCAAAUUAUUAGAGCCACUCGUAUAAAUUAACAAUUUUACAUAAAAAUGAUUAAGCAGAGUAUUUAUUAUUUUUUAAUGAUCUGUUGAUGCUUGUAAAAUUAAUCACUAAAAUUGAAAUAACUUUUGAACCAUCAAAAAUCGAACAUAUUACUACAGGACCUUUUUUAUCGGAAAUGAUGUCCUCUAUCACCCACUUGCUUUUCGAUCACUGAAACUGAGACACCUUGUAUAUUUUUGAACGAUCAAAUAUUCUCUAAAAAUAUAUUACUGAACGCAAUAUUGGUUACUCGGUUGCCGAUACGAGUGUUAGCUCGUCUCCUUUUUAACAUCCUAUAUAAUCGUAAUCGAUUGAACGAGAACGCGGAAAGUUCAGACAAUCGGCUUCCCGUUUCUCGGUGGAAAAUCGAGAUCGAAAUCCAGCGUGAUACAUUUCACAGAGACUGCAGUCCUGCCUAACGAACCGUCGAAAUUACGCGAUCGUGAAUGGGUUUAACCGCUGUAAAGGCCCUUUGCGAUUGCAAUGGCACCAGCCUGUCCACGCGUCAGACCCUCGAAUGUUACGUAUCGGGAAAGGAUCUUCUGCCAUCUUGUGUACCGAUUCUAAAAGCCACAGUGCGAACAAGAUGCAGUGCUCGACGAAUGCUGAUCUCCAGCUGUAUCUUGAUCAUCAUAAUGGCUAUUAUCUAUUGCAUGUCUUUCGCGAAUCUGCGUAGACCAUCGCUGUAUAUACCAUUUAGAAGGCAAUCUGAUCCGCAACCUGCCGCGGAUUCGCAUUCACCAUCGGAAACCACGAUACAAGCUUCCGAGGACACCGCCGAGGACGCUGCCGAGGACGAUACCGAGGACGCAGCCGAGGACGAUACCGAGGACGCAGCCGAGGACGAUACCGAGGACGCAGCCGAGGACGAUACCGAGAAUGCUGAUGAAGAACCUCCUGAAGAAGAGUAACAUAAAUCUAUGUCUUUCGAGGAAGAAGAAAUAGAGAUAUUCUAUCGCGAAACGAUUCGUUCACGUUUAGAGCUCGAUUCGUUAGAUGGUAAAUUUCACGGGAUAUCACAAUAGCGAUGAACCGUAAGCGUCUGUGGUUGUUGUAAAAGACUAGGGAGUAAGUUGGAAAGGAAAGAAACGAGUAAGCGAACCGUUUGAUACCGGAUAACGAAUGCGUCGACCGCGUGUACAUAAAUCUCUGCCCGAAACACCGUGCUCGAACUGCAUUUUUCAUUCGGAACAUUACUCGCGGGCCGAAGUAACCGUUUACGUUUCACGGAACAACACCGAUGCUGUUGUGUACGCCGUAACAGCUGCAAACAAACCGGCCAUUCUAUUCGAGCCGCACUGUCGCUUACAGGUAUCGGUACACUUGUUACCUUUCUGACAAGUCUACGU